UGGCACAUUUCGUUUUAACCUCUUAACGAAAAACUUAUCAAGAUGUCUGGACGUGGAAAGGGAGCCGGUAAAGCCAGAGCAAAGGCCAAGACUCGUUCUUCCCGUGCUGGUCUUCAGUUCCCAGUGGGUCGUGUCCACAGGCUGCUCAGAAAAGGCAACUAUGCUCAGCGUGUUGGCGCCGGCGCUCCAGUCUACCUGGCUGCAGUGCUCGAGUACCUGACCGCUGAGAUCCUGGAGUUGGCCGGCAACGCUGCCCGCGACAACAAGAAGACCAGAAUCAUCCCCCGUCACUUGCAGCUGGCUGUCCGCAACGACGAGGAGCUCAACAAGCUGCUUGGCGGAGUCACCAUCGCUCAGGGUGGUGUGCUGCCCAACAUCCAGGCUGUCCUGCUGCCCAAGAAGACCGAGAAGGUCGCCAAGAAGUAAAUCCCGGAUCCGACUGCAUUUGAAACCCAAAGGCUCUUUUAAGAGCCACC